AGUUUUUCCUGAGCUUGUUUCUGUGAUUUCUACCUAACGUUUUGUUUAUAUUAGGCUUGUUUCGAACUUCUGGAACGUUAGCCAAUUAUGCUGAUUAGUAUUUUGCAGCGUACUUAGGUACCUCACCACAGCUGGAAAGAGACGGGUCAAAUAGUCAGCAGACGGAGUAUUUCACUUGAAACUGGUCAACGUCAGAUGGAAUAUACUCCAGCACUCACCGGUCCUUAAUGAGGAUAAGCAAAAUACAAAAUCAACUGUUGUCCAGUCAACUGGCUCCAUCUUCUGAAACCAGGGCAAUUGCCUUUACCGAAAGCGGAGCAUCCUUCUCUGCUGAAAGAUAGUCCCGAUUAUCCCGAUGUCGUCAGAAAAAAAUCCUUCCAAUGCUAUGGUUCCCAAAGAGGUGGAGCUGAUCCUUGUAAAGGAGCAGAAUGGGGUCCAGUUCACUUCCGCCACUCUUGUUGCCCCGACCACAACUUUUUCUAGUGAUGAAGAGGAAAGGGAAACAUGGGGAAAGAAAAUUGAUUUCCUACUAUCAGUAAUUGGAUUCGCAGUGGACCUCGCUAACGUUUGGAGGUUCCCUUACCUCUGUUACAAGAAUGGAGGAGGUGCUUUCUUGGUGCCAUAUUUAUUUUUUAUGGUGAUAGCAGGCAUGCCUCUCUUUUACAUGGAGCUGGCUCUGGGACAGUACAACCGAGAAGGAGCGGCAGGGGUCUGGAAAAUAUGCCCUAUAUUUAAAGGUGUAGGAUUUACAGUGAUCCUGAUUUCCCUCUAUGUUGGCUUCUACUAUAAUGUCAUCAUCUCCUGGGCUCUAUUCUACCUCUUCUCCUCGUUCACUGCCGAGCUCCCCUGGGUGCACUGCAACAACACUUGGAACAGUCCAAACUGCUCUGACUGGGCUGACAACAGCACAAUCAGUGACAUUUACAAGGCCACCCCAGCUCAAGAAUACUUUGAACGAGGGGUGCUCCACAUUCAGGACAGCAAUGGUAUUGAUAAUCUGGGUCGUCCACGUUGGCAGUUGACUUCCUGUCUAGCUGUGGUCAUUAUUCUGCUUUACUUCAGUCUGUGGAAGGGGGUCAAGACAUCUGGAAAGGUUGUGUGGAUCACAGCUACCAUGCCCUAUGUGGUCUUGACUGUGCUGCUCAUCCGAGGAGUCACUCUGCCCGGAGCUAUGGAUGGUAUUAAGGCCUACUUGUCUGUCGACUUCCUGAAACUCUGCGAUGCCAAGGUUUGGAUCGAUGCCGCCACACAAAUCUGUUUCUCACUUGGAGUCGGGUUUGGUGUGCUAAUCGCCUUUUCCAGCUACAACAAAUUCAGUAACAACUGCUACAGGGAUGCCAUCAUCACCAGCUCCAUCAACUCUUUGACCAGCUUCUUCUCUGGAUUUGUUGUCUUCUCCUUCCUUGGCUACAUGUCAUACAAGCACGAUGUAGCUCUGGACAAGGUCGCUCGAGAUGGGGCUGGAUUGGUCUUUGUCAUUUACCCUGAAGCAAUUGCGACAUUACCUGGGUCAUCAGUGUGGGCAGUAAUCUUCUUCAUCAUGCUGUUGACACUUGGCAUUGACAGUGCUAUGGGUGGGAUGGAGUCUGUCAUUACUGGUCUAAUUGAUGAAUUCAAAUGUCUUCACAAGCACAGAGAGCUGUUCACCCUCUUCAUCGUUGUUGCCACGUUCCUCAUCUCACUCUUCUGUGUUACAAAUGGUGGAAUGUACGUGUUUACUCUGUUGGACCACUUUGCAGCAGGGACUUCCAUUUUGUUUGGAGUGCUUAUUGAAGCCAUCGGUAUCGCCUGGUUUUACGGGGUGGACCGUUUCAGUGACGACAUCCAGGAAAUGAUUGGUCAGAGGCCUGGCAGAUACUGGAGGCUUUGUUGGAAAUUUGUCAGCCCGUGCUUCCUCCUGUUUAUGGUGGUAGUGAGCUUUGCAACAUUUAACCCCCCCAGUUAUGGAUCCUACACAUUUCCCCCCUGGGCUAAUGUGAUGGGAUGGUGCCUGGCCAUUUCAUCGAUGACUAUGGUGCCACUUUACGCCAUCUACAAACUUUGUAGCCUACCUGGAAAGUUUUGUGACAGGCUUGCUUAUGCCAUCACUCCAGAGACAGAACAUCAUUUGGUAGACAACGGGGAGGUUCGUCAGUUCACACUUCAUCACUGGCUGGUGGUUUGAAUGCUAAAGUUAAAAUUUACUCUUUAUGAAGGAGAGAUGGAUAAACGCAUGCACAGCAAAGUUGUGAAAUAUGAGGAAGACGUGAAAGAGGGUUUAAAGCAGGAGAAAUUUAAAAGUGCCAGAAAAAAAUGUUGUAAGAAAUUGUAGUGUGAUUUUGAUUUCAACUGUGCAUAUGUGAAGUUGUGCGUAAACCCAUUUUGGUUUGACAUCAGUGAACUGGAAACUGGUACUGUGAUGUUUAACCUGCAACUUCUCUGAAUACAAAAGUCCUCAAAAAGACGCUGUGUAACCUAUCAGCAUGUUAGUCAUCUUCACUUUGCACGUAAUAAUUUAUUUGAUAUAUCUUAUAAAAUGAUAAAAAUGUGAAGUAAAGGCGCUGAGAAGGGAGCACCAAUUGGACAGUGGGACACAGAAGGUACUACAAAUAAUGCUAUCAUAAAUAUUUGAAGCAGCAGGACGAUUAGAUAACACUUUUCCUUUACUUGGAUGGCAAAGUUUCAAAACAAAUUAAAGUGGUUGGCAUUUGAAAUGUUCUAAUUAUAAUUAGAUUUUAUUUCUCAAAUGAUAUCAACAUUUAAACCAUUCAUAACUUUUUAAAAAAGCCUACACUGUUUCAUUCAAUUAAUGUACUGUCUUUUAUUAAUGACUGUUAAAACACAUGCAGCUCCAGUAAAUUUCACACAUUUUAUAAGCAUCUUUAUACCUUUAUACCUGUACUGAAAAACAGUUAUCAGAAUUAUUUAAGUAAAAUAACACAAAUUACAAUAAUUCCUAAAAUGAGGUUCGCCACUAAAAUAUAGACCACGUCUUUAGUAUUACAUUUCGGAAAGUUUUAAAUUUUAAAAUCUUAAGUAAAAUAUAAAAUAUCCUCACUAUUAAAAUUUAUAUUAGGUAACACGGAAGAAACAAUUCAAAUAUCGUUUACACUGAGAUAAUAGAACAAUUUCAAUAAACUUGAAAUACAAAUUAUAUUGCCACGUUAUUCUACUAAUUGUUAUAAUUUAAUAUAAAGCUAUAAUUCUGCAAGAAGGAAAAUGUAAUAUCAUCAGGAUAAAAUUGUAAUUGUAAAAUUUACAAAAAGGUGUUUGGCACAUCAAAGCUGUCGAAAGUAGAACAUUUAUUACGAUUUGUAGCGUCAAUUCGUUUGUGGUGUAAUCACAGUAAAAAUCCUACUGACAUGCUGACUGUUCUGAAAAUACUGCAAAAAUAUACAUAUAUAUACUGUAGGAUAAAAUGUCUCUAUUGGCACUUGGCCAGUAUUACAUCAAUCCACCAGACUGUUGAUAUAAACAACCAAAGACACAGAAAAGAUCCAGAUUUAACUUUAACUGAGCUGUCAUAUUAUUUUGGUGAAUUGUUCAUGUUUAUUUGUAUCACCAAUUUGACAGUGCAUGUUUCAAUCAGUAGAAGCUUUAACUUACUCAUCAAAUCGCACUCUGCAGACUGCUUAGAGGCUGCUCUUUGCUUACCUGCCAAUGGAUGGAGUGAAAAUAAGAAUUUUAAGGUCAAUUAUCUAUAGAUAUCUAUCAAUGAGUUAAUGUAUUGCUGAGAAAUUGUAUUGUAUUGUAUUGUAUUUUAUGAGUCAUGACAGAUGACACAUUUAUUCAAGGUACAGUAUAUACAGUAACUAUGUAUGUAUGUAUGUAUGUAUGUAUAUGUAUGUAUUUAAACAGUAUUUGCUUUGUUGCUGUGAAGUUGGUUACAUAUUAUAGCCUAAAAAAUCUUAAUGGCAAAUACAUGGAUAAUCCAAAUAAGCUACCGUCUAACCCAAAAGCAGAAGAAAUCCUAUUUCAAAUAUUUCAACAAUAUAUCAAAUGGAGACGGGGCUGUGUAAAAGAAUUUCCCUAAGGGGACAAUAAAGUCUAAGUUGACUAACAAAGUGCUGCAUUCAAUCAAAACAUUUAAACCUUCAAAGGUCCUGAAAUAUACGCAUGUGUUGCUGUUUAUCGCCUUCUGGUGC